CACGCUUGGUCCGGACCGACAGCAGGGAACCCUCAAGGGAACAACAAGAACGGCAGCGGGCCCUGUUUCAGCUGGUAGACGCAAUGCCUCUAGAAGAAGAAGAGUUUCAGAGACGGCGGCGGCAAAUUGGACUUCGAGAAAUGUCCCAAGAUGAUUUUCGCAGAUGGUGGCAACGACAGCAAGAGCAGAUCAGACGCCUGGUCCAGCAACGGCAGCAAACUAUAUCGCAGCUUCAACAAGCGGACAAUACUGUUGUUCAUGCUGGCCGGGAACUCCAAAUGCAACAACAAGAACAGCCCUGGCAGCAAGUUUCAUGGUGGCAGCGACAGCGACACCCCGUACCUCAGCAUCAACCCAUGCCUCAGCUUCAACCCGUGCCGCAGCAUCAACCCAUACCACAGCGUCAAGCUAUACCGCAGCGUCAACCCGCCAACGUUCGUGCUGUCUGGAUUGAGGAACUCUCCAGGGGACAACAAGAACAGCUCGGAUGCCUGCUACAGCUAGUAUCCACAGCGCCUAUAGAGGAAGAAGAAUUUCAGAGACGGUGGCGGCAAAUUGGAUUUCGAGACAUGUCCCAAGAAGAGUUUCGCAGAUGGUGGCGAGAAAGGCAGCAACGAGGACAGACCAUACGCAUGGCCCAGCUAAUACAAGCAUUACCCCUAGAAGAAGAAGAAUUUCAUAGACGGCGGCGGCAAGUUCCAUUUCAAGAAAUAUCCCAAGAAGACUUUCGGAGGUUGUGGCAGCAACGGCGGCAGCAACGGCAGCAACCCGCGUCGCAGCGUCAACGAGUCGUCAGUGCUGUUUCCACGCCAACCCAGACAUCACCUAGAAAUGAGGAAGAGGUAUAUACCUAAAAUAUACCGUAGUCAAAUUUCACAGCUGACUGAUAGGAGUAACCCCGGGCACCUUGUCGGAUGGUGGUAUUAAUCGUCCUGGCUCGCAACCUUUGCAGAAAAGGACUGCCUGUCGUGAAUUCAAACUCUUGAUAAUAGCAUCUUUCUUUCCCCUUUUCGAUAUAGUUUUGAGAGAGGUUUCGAAGGUCCCCCAAAUCGUACAGGCUUCGAUGUGAG